AUGGCAGCGGGCAAGUUGGGGGGUGAGGCGCUGGCUUCGACCAAGGCCAUGCGUAUUCAUGGCAAGUGGUAUGAUAUGCGCGGGUUUGAUCACCCUGGUGGGCCGAUCAUGCUCUCCCUCGGUCAAGGUCGUGAUGCGACUGCCCUCUUUGAGGUGCACCACCCCUUCACUUCCAGGCCCAAGCUGGAGGCCAUUCUGGCCAAGUAUGAAACCAAAGAGCCGUGCCGACUGCUCGACGAACGCGACACGGGAGAGGAGUUUGAGUGGCCCGAGGUGGAGCAAAAGGACGGGGGUGCCCGCACCGAGGCGCCCAUCUCCGAUUUCGCCUUUGAGGUUCGCCAAAAGGUCCGCGCCUACUUUCAGGCCGAGGCCAAGCGCCGCGGCGUGUCGUUGCUCGCCGCGACCAAGGCCACGCCAGCCCGUUGGCUCGAGUUGGGCAUCCUCUUUGCAAUCUUCGUGGCCACCCUACCCGGCUGCUUCCGCGGUGACCUUCUUGCCCUCGUUGCCAUGUCCAUUACCUACUGGGUGCUGGGCGUCAAUCUUCUCCACGAUGGCAGCCACUUUGGCUUGGCCCAGGAUUGGCGCAUCAAUGCCCUUGGUACCUACUGGGGCUGGUACUUUAGCUCGCCCCUAGAGUGGUACCAUCAGCACGUCAUUGGCCACCAUGUGUACGCCAAUAUUCCAAACAAGGACCCCGAUCUCUACCACAAUGCCAGCAUGGAGCGUCACACCAAGACGCUUCGCUGGCGCCCCAUGCACGCACACCAGGCCUUCACAUGGGCCCCCAUCUGGAUCAUUGGUACCUACGCUAUGAGCUUUAUCAAGCCCGUCCAGAUGUUCCUCACCGGCGAAUACAACCGCUCUCUCAAGAUGAUGGAGCUGAGCCCCUCCCGCGUCACCAUUCACUGGGCUGGCCGCGUCAUCACCUGGCUGCUCUGCUACGCUCUCCCCUUUGUCAUCUUCCCCACCUGGAAGGCCUUCCUCUUUGCCACCCUUCCCGUCACCAUCACCUCCGUCUCCUUCAUGCUCUCCUCUCAAGUCAACCACCUGACCCCUGCCAACGUGGACCAGUAUGACUCGGACUUUUACAAGCACCAGGUCAUGACCAGCCACACCAUUGCCCACAACAGCUACGCCACCUUCCUCUUCACCGGUGGCCUCAACUACCAGAUUGAACACCACCUCUUUCCCACCGUGAACCACUGCCACCAUCGCCACAUCCAGCCCAUUGUCAAGGCUGUCUGCGAUAAGUACAGCGUCCCCUACAACUACACCCCCACCCUCUACGGUGCCUUUCGCAAGUACCUUGAUCAUCUGGUCGAGCUCGGUGUCAAACCUCAGGCUGCUCAAAAAGCCGAAUAA